AUGAAUAUAGAGAGCUCAUUCAAAGUGUUUCACCCUUCUUCCUUCCUACUGCUGGGAGUCCCAGGACUAGAGCCUCUGCACACCUGGAUUGGCUUUCCUUUCUGCGCCGUGUACUUGAUUGCUCUCCUAGGGAACUUCACUAUCUUGUUGGUGAUUAAGACGGACAGCAGCCUCCACCAGCCCAUGUUCUAUUUCCUGGCUAUGCUGGCUACCAUCGACUUGGGCCUCUCAACAGCAACCAUCCCUAAGAUGCUUGGGAUCUUCUGGUUUAGCUUCAGGGUAAUACUCUUCGGUGCCUGCCUCACCCAGAUGUUCUUCAUCCACAACUUCACAGGCAUGGAGUCAGCAGUCCUCUUGGCAAUGGCGUAUGACCGUUAUGUAGCCAUUUGUAACCCGCUUCGGUAUAGCACCAUCCUCACCAACAAGGUUGUUUCCAUGAUUGGUCUGGGUGUGCUAGUGAGAUCGUUUCUUUCUGUUAUUCCAUUUGUGUUUCUCAUACUACGGUUGCCCUUCUGUGGGAAUCACGUCAUUCCCCACACCUACUGUGAGCAUAUGGGUCUCGCUCGUCUGUCUUGUGCCAGUAUCAAGGUCAAUAUAAUCUAUGGUCUGGGUGCUAUUUCAAUCCUGGUCUUUGACAUCAUAGCCAUUGCUCUCUCUUAUGUACAAAUACUCCGUGCUGUUUUCCGUCUCCCUUCUCGGGAAGCCCGAAUUAAGUCUCUCAGCACCUGUGGUUCUCAUGUCUGUGUCAUUCUUGCCUUCUACACACCAGCUCUCUUUUCCUUCAUGACACACCGCUUUGGUAGGAAUGUGCCUCAAUAUAUACACAUACUCCUGGCCAACCUUUAUGUGGUAGUGCCACCGAUGCUCAAUCCUGUCAUAUAUGGGGUAAGAACCAAGCAAAUCUAUGACCGUGUGAAGAAAAUGUUAUUACAAAAAUAA